AUGUUCCAGGAUUUCUCUGACCAGAGAGACAUGGCCAAACCACCGGCCAGCGCUCCUACCGGCUACAUCCCGACUCAGCAGCCCGACGGAGCUGCGGGACUUACAGCAAACAAACCGGACAACACGGCUUCCCCUCACCAUCACCCUGCGCCUCAGCCACCGGCUCCGUGCAACGAGAGCAAAACUUUUUGUCCCACGGAAAAUAAACCGGGAGAAUCUGACAGCAAUAAAGCAUAUGGGACGUUUAAAAACACCGCGCCAGCUGUGCCUGGAUCUGUGGCCGCCAACUCGGCCUUCAGGAAGGAUUCCGUCGGUUCUGCCCGAGGGGGGUCCGCCCAAUACGGCGACCCACUCCGGGCCACCAUAGAGCAGAACAACACUGCAGGCAACUGGACGGCCAUGAGCCAGACCACCAUCAUACUGGGAACAGAUGGGAACACGUCUGUUCAGCCCGGCACCUUGACGGGGGUAAAUUUUUUUUUUAAACAACCAAAAAAAACAAAACAUGUUUUUUCCUCUCAGGAUGAAGAUGAUGACGAGGGGGGAGAUGAGAAUAAGGCCAGAGGAAACUGGUCCAAUAAACUGGAUUUUAUUCUGUCCAUGGUUGGCUAUGCUGUGGGACUGGGGAACGUAUGGAGGUUCCCUUAUCUUGCCUUCCAAAAUGGUGGAGGAGCUUUUUUGAUCCCCUACCUGACAAUGUUGGGCAUUGCCGGGAUCCCAAUCUUUUUACUGGAGGUGUCCCUGGGCCAGUUUGCCAGCCAGGGGCCCGUAUCAGUGUGGAAAUGCAUCCCAGCUCUGCAAGGUUGCGGGAUUGCCAUGUUGAUAAUAUCUGUCUUGAUAGCCAUAUACUAUAAUAUUAUAAUGUGCUGGACACUGUACUACCUGUUCGCUUCGUUGAAGGGCUCACUGCCAUGGGCUAACUGUAGGAAUGAGUGGAACACGGUGGAAUGUAAGGACAAAGACAUGCUGCUGCUAGACACGUGCAUCCUGCGGGACAGAAACAUCACCUCCAUCAAGAACUCCACUUUCUGUUUGUCUGCUAACACUGUGGGAAACCUAACGAAACUGUUGAACAUGACUGUGGAUGGUAACAAGACCUACGUCAGCCCCAGUGAGGAGUACUUCAAGUACAAUGUGUUGCACAUCUCUAAAGGGAUUGAAUUUCCUGGAGACAUUCGCUGGCCUCUAGCAGGUUGCCUAUUCCUGGCCUGGAUCAUCGUGUACGCCUCUUUAGCUAAAGGAAUCAAGUCAUCGGGAAAGGUGGUUUAUUUCACAGCCACAUUUCCCUACGUGGUGCUGGUGAUCCUGCUGAUCAGAGGAGUUACCCUCCCUGGGGCUUUUGACGGCAUCCUUUACUUUAUCACACCAAAGUGGGAAAAACUCAAUGAUGCAAAGGUGUGGAAAGACGCAGCCACUCAGAUCUUCUUCUCUCUGUCGGCUGCUUGGGGAGGCCUCAUCACUCUCUCCUCCUACAAUAAGUUUCACAAUAACUGCUACAGGGACACUAUUAUAGUGACAUGUACAAACAGUGCCACCAGUGUAUUUGCGGGGUUUGUCAUCUUCUCGGUCAUUGGUUUCAUGGCACAUGAGUUGAAGGUGCCGAUUGAGAAGGUGGCAGAUGAAGGUCCAGGAAUAGCAUUCGUGGUGUAUCCAGAGGCACUGACCAGACUUCCCCUGUCUCCUUUCUGGGCGAUCAUCUUCUUCCUCAUGCUCCUGACUCUUGGCCUGGAUACCAUGUUUGCCACCAUUGAGACCAUUGUGACCUCUGUGUCAGACGAGUUCCCCAAGUACUUGAGGAAACACAAACCGCUCUUCACCUUGGUGUGCUGCGUCUGCUUCUUCAUCCUGGGAUUUCCAAUGAUCACAGAGAAUGGGAUGUACAUGCUGCAGCUGGUGGACACAUUCGCAGCCUCCUACUCUUUGGUCAUCAUUGCCAUCUUCGAGCUGGUGGGGAUUUCUUACCUGUAUGGUCUGCAGAGGUUUUGCGAGGACAUUGAAAUGAUGAUUGGUUUCCAGCCAAACCGAUUCUGGAGAAUCUGCUGGGCCUUUGUAACUCCGACCAUCCUGACGGGCAUCCUGGGAUUGAGUCUGUACCAGUGGAAGGUGAUGACGUACGAGGACUACACCUACCCCACCUGGUCUAUGAUAAUGGGAUGGCUCAUGGUAACCUGCUCCGUCAUCUGGAUCCCUAUCAUGUUCCUCAUUAAGAUGUACCUCGCCCCUGGCUCCCUAAGUGAGCGUCUGAAGCUGGUCUGCUCCCCUCAGCCCGACUGGGGUCCCUUCCUGAUGAAGCACCGUGGAGAACGCUACAAGAACAUGAUCGACCCUCUGGGAACCAACUCCCUGGGCCUCAAACUGCCACCCAAGGACUUCCAGCUGGGCUCCUACCAGUAA